UGCAGCAUUGCUGCGUGCACCAUGCAGCUCCCUCACCUCCUCCUCUUCCUCUUUCUCCUGAUCCUCCUCCCUGGGAUGUGGGCAGAUUCGGAGGAGCCACAGGUUAUCCAGUACCUCCUGACUAGCGUCUUUGCCAACAUCAGCUCUGCUGAGGUGUCAUGUGUGGCAGUUGUAGGGGAUAUAGCCAUCUUAGCACUGGAUCCAGACAACUGGAGCAUCCACUUCCACUGGCCCUGGGUCAGCCAGGCUGCAGCUGAAGACAAUGGGGAAAAGAUUAUGUCGCAGUACAAAAUUGCUCUGCGCAAUAUGAUCCGAUUUGUGCAUGACACAGUUCAGCAGACAGAACAGCACUACCCAUUGGUGGUUCAGUUCCGUGCAGGCUGUGUGCUGUACCCCAAUACAACGAGCCAGGGCUUCCUGAAUGUUGGCUGGGACGGCAGAGACCUCACAGCUUUUCAGGUAGAUAAACAGGGCUGGGAGGCCCAGCAGCCAUCCCAGCUGGCAGAACUGGUCAGCAAGAGCCUCAACAGGAAUAAGUCUCUCAGAAUACUCUUGGAGUAUCUUCUCUCUAUCUGGAUAUGCCAGAGCAACUUCCUCACUCUGAAGAGGUAUGGGAAGGAAAUUCUAGAGAGACAAGAGCUGCCUGUGGCCAGGGUCUUCACCCGCACCCCCAGCCCAGACCAGCUGCUGCUUGUUUGCCAUGUCACCGGCUUCUAUCCCCGUCCCAUCAGUGUGGCCUGGCUGCAGGAUGGCCAAGAGGUGCCUCCAGGCCCAGCGCUCAACACCAGCACCAUCCUGCCCAACGCUGACCUCACCUACCAGCUCCGCAGCGUCCUGGCUGUGGCCCCCCAUGAUGGGCACAGCUAUGUCUGCCGUGUGCGCCAUCACAGCCUGGGCACCCGCAGCCUUCUCAUCCCAUGGGAAAACCGCAGCACAGCUCCAACCAUCAGCAUCAUCAUUGCGGUACUGCUUCUUGUGGCCACAGCCUUUGCUGGGGGAUUUUGGUGGUGGAAGUGCAGGAAAGGUAACGGGGCUACAUGGGAGACCCAGGAAUUUGUCAUUUGAGGCCUGAUUGCCCACACAGCAACAGCUGCUUGCUCUCCAUUCUUACUUCAUGUCCCACCCCUGACUCAUCAGCACUGACACGGUUUUUUCCUGGAAAACCACCGCAUUAAACAGCUACAAACUUCCUCUGAUA